CACAGUACUUGGUAUGGUGCGGUACGGUGCGAGUGUGGGAAGCACGGAAGUACGUUUCGAGUUUUGUCGCUGUUUCCAAUAGUUUGAUGUUUUGCGCUUUGUAUUUUCCAUUCAACCGAGGGUGCCGAAGAAACCAAACGAAACCACCCCGACCCAAUCCAAGCAAGACCAAACCAAGUUCGAAGCAGAAAGGCACAAGCACACAGAGGAAUAGAGAUGACCGUUCUUCGCUCGGUUCCGUCCGGCUCGCUUCUGCAGGUACUGCUUCGGCUGUGGGUGCUUCUCGCUGCCACGGUGUCAUCCCGAACCGAGGAAGCAACAUCUCCCGAGGCACUGUUCCGCACCGCGGCGGAAACAUGGCAGAGGAAGCACUCGAGGGGAUCGCGCACGGCCUGGGAGGUGUGGAAGAGUUUUGCCAAGACACUGGUGGAAAAGUACGAACUUCUCGGAACAGAAAGCAGCCCCGCCUCGGCAAGGGCCGCGGCAGAGAUCGUCGGGGCCAUGGAGGAGGGCAUUCUGGCAAUCGAGCGGACGAUCUUUCGGGAGACCCAGCAGCAGCCCAGUGGCGACGAUAUCGCGAGGGAUUCCGCCCUGGCCGCAAUGUACACGGAGUACGGGCGGUUGCUCCUGAAUUCCUCGGAGCCUCCCCCUCCCGGCGACGACGAGGGUUCCACCCAUCGGUGCUUCGAGCUGGCAAGGGAUCCGCAUACGUUGCUGAUCGGGGCACCGGAGCGGCUGAACGAGUACAAGAGCAAACAACUGCAAGGUUCUGCUGCUUCGCAAGGCGAAGCGAUCCACGCUUUGUUCGGGCCCCUUUGUAGGGACAAUGCCGAAAACGCCCUGAGGAACGCGCUGAGCCUGGACGCCACCCUUUCCGAGGCCGAGGUGCUCCUGGAAACGAUCACCGGGAUGGACUCGAAAGAAUCGGUCCACGCUCGGAAACCAAAGGAGUUUGUCGCCGAGCUCUUUGAUUCUUUUGCCGAAACUUUUGACGAAAAACUCGUUGGGACGCUGGGCUACAGGGUGCCGCAAAUCAUUGGUGAAACCGUGGGGGAAAUCCUGGGCAGCGAAAAAAGCGAAGGCAAUGCGAGAUUCGGCUUUGGAGCCAUUCGCAACGUACUGGAUGCUGGGUGUGGAACGGGCUUGGCCGGCCGGGAACUGCGAAAGGCCAUCGACGGAUCCCAGGAUCAACAACCAACGCGAAUCACCCUCGUGGGGGUCGAUGCAUCGCAAAAGAUGCUGGACAUAGCCAAAAAGUGCACCACUUCGAAAGGAUGCGGUCUGCCAGCAACACCGUCCGGCCAGGGGGGUGACGACACGAAACUUUACGAUGCACUCCUCGAUCUAGACCUCGAAGAAAUGACCCUUGCAAACACGUUAUCUUCUGGUGCCGACUCCGCAUCGUCCUUCGAGCUGAUCGUAGCUGCGGACGUCUUUGUCUACUUUGGAAGCCUGGAACAGAUGAUGGUGGUGCUCUCGGAACUCAGCCACAGCGAUGGAGGCCUCCUUGUGUUCACGUGCGAGCGGGCCACGGAGGAAGAGGCCCCGCUCGGAUUCCGUCUGCUUCCGACGGGGCGGUUCGCCCACACCAAGGGACACGUUCUGGGAGCGGCAUCGGAAGCGGGUUAUUCCUUGCUGCGCUACAACCAGAUCGUGCCCCGGACGGAAAAAGGAGUCGACGUGGAUGGCCAUCUGUUCGUCUUUGCAAUGGACGGAGUGAGCGACGAGAAAGCAGCAGAACUCUAACCGAAAAAAAAGAUGGACCAUUUCUGGAUGCGUGCCUGCCAAAGCAAAUCAAUGAAAUGGAUACAAACCGUCUAUAAAUGAAUACAAUGUGA